AUGUCUGACACAGGUAGAAAAGGAUUCGGCGACAAAGCUUCUGAAGCUUUGAAACCAGACUCUCAGAAAUCAUAUGCCGAACAAGGUAAGGAAUACAUCACUGACAAGGCCGACAAGGUCGCCGGUAAGGUUCAACCAGAAGACAACAAGGGUGUCUUCCAAGGUGUCCACGACUCCGCCGAACAAGGUAAGGAUAACGCCGAAGGUCAAGGUGAAUCUUUGGCUGACCAAGCUAGAGACUACAUGGGAGCCGCCAAGUCCAAGUUGAACGAUGCUGUCGAAUAUGUUUCCGGACGUGUCCACGGUGAAGAAGACCCAACCAAGAAGUAA